AUGUCCUCCGACAUCACAGAUUCGUUCGUCGACCCAACUGCAAACAUUGAUGAGAGCGACCUCGACGAUCUACCGAGCGAACCCGACUCGGAUGAAGUAACCGUCAGUGAUGAAGACUACGAGUCAGAUGCCGAAAGAGAAUGGAACGAGAGUCUACAGCAGCUCGAAAUGCUGCUGACAAUGGUCCUUGUGCCGUAUGCCGGUAAAUACUUUGGAAGGAAGUUUGCUUAUUGGGGCUGGAAAAGAUUCAUGGAAUGGAGAUACCCAGUUGAGAUUGUGGUAACAAACAAGGCCGCUUUCAAAGGCACCGGAGCCAUCGUCGCUGCAGCGUCAUUAUGA